AUGACGGACGCGACGUGCGAGAUGUCCCAGUACGCGAAAGAACCGCCUCCCGAGUGGGAGUCAAAGUGGACGUGGAGAACGCUCGACGGGGGCGAUCGCGCGAUGCGAGGCGCAAUGGCGCAUAAAUUGUUCCAAGCUCCAGAGCUCCACGAUGCGGCGAGACGAGGCGAUCAGAGGAAAGUGAUCGAUCUCCUCGAUCGACGCGCGUUCGGCGUGGACGAUCCUGAUCCAGGCGGCCGAACCGCAUUGCACUUCGCCGUCGGUUUCGGUCACGAAAGCGUCGUCAUGGAGCUCUUACGCAGGAACUGCGACAUCGACAAGCGAGACGACUGGAUGAAGUCCCCUGUGGACUUCGGUUUACAGGCGAAACACGAUCGUUGCGUGCAGGCCAUUCGCUUGGAGGCGGUGAAGCGAGGUUUGUGGGGAGGCAAAGGCCGCGUUGCUCCGCUGAAGACGUACUGGGAGCACUGUUACAACAUGACUUCGGAGGAAGUAGAGGAGAAGGUUCGUGAAAACGCCGAAGAGGCGCGGAAAAACUACUCGAGACAACAGGAGAACGACACGCAGAGCUAUCAGGAACAGCUAAAAUCAAGGGUGAAACAGGCAAUCGAGGCCAAGGCUCGCGGUCGUAAGAGGCGCUGA